GUUUUCCUGUAACCCUGUGUUUCUUUUCAUCUAUUUCUGUCUGUUUCCCAGAGUUCUUUGCGCAUCCCAAUAGUUGCCAGUCAUUCUGCUGAGAUAAACUGAUAGACAAGAUGAAAGAACAAACUGCCAAGAGACGCGAGAAGCCCAAAGAUUCAAAAGCUGACAAGCAAAAAGAGACGGGCCCUGAACCUCAGGAUGUUGAGAUGCCCGAGGAGGACGCCGCCGGAUCGGCAAAGCCUCCAAAGGAAAUCGACAGCCUUACGUUAGAAGACAUCAAGGAGCACGUGAAGCAGAUUGAGAAGGCCGUGUCGGGUAAGGAGCCUCGGUUCGUGCUCCGCGCCCUGCGUGCUCUGCCCUCCACCAGCCGUCGCCUCAACCCCAACGUUCUCCACAAGGCCAUCACCGGCUUCUACACCGCCAAUGCCGCCGGCAAGGACUUCCUGCUGGGAUUCCUGGAGGAGCCCAUGGACACGGAAGGAGACGUGCAGUUCAGACCUCGCACGGGGAAGGCGUCGUCCACUCCUCUCCUGCCCGAGGUGGAGGCCUAUCUGCAGCUGCUCCUCGUGGUCUACCUCACCAACAACAAGCGCUACCCGGAGGCUCAGAAGGUGUCUGAUGAACUGCUACAGAAGAUCAGCUCCCAGAACCGCCGAGCUCUGGACCUGGUGGCCGCCAAGUGCUACUACUACCACUCCCGUGUCUAUGAGUUCCUCAACCAGCUCGACGUAGUGCGCAGUUUCCUGCACACGCGUCUGCGGACGGCGACCCUGCGCCAUGAUGCCGACGGCCAGGCCACCCUUCUGAACCUGCUGCUGAGGAACUACCUGCAGUACAACCUGUACGACCAGGCUGAGAAGCUCGUGUCCAAGUCGGUCUUUCCCGAGCUGGCCAACAACAACGAGUGGGCCCGCUACCUCUACUACACAGGACGCAUCAAGGCCAUUCAGCUGGAGUACUCUGAGGCCAGGAGGACCCUGACUAACGCCCUGAGGAAGGCCCCUCAACACACUGCCGUGGGCUUCAAGCAGACGGUGCACAAGCUGCUGAUUGUGGUGGAGCUGCUGCUGGGGGAGAUCCCAGACCGUCUGCAGUUCCGCCAGCCCUCCCUGAAGAGGUCCCUCAUGCCCUACUUCCUGCUCACCCAGGCGGUGAGAACGGGAAACCUCUCCAAGUUCAACCAGGCCCUGGAAGAGUUUGGAGAAAAGUUCCAGACUGACGGCACCUACACCCUCAUUAUCCGUCUGCGACACAACGUCAUUAAGACCGGUGUGCGUAUGAUCAGCCUGUCCUACUCACGCAUCUCUCUGGCUGACAUCGCCCAGAAGCUGCAGCUGGACAGCCCUGAAGAUGCCGAGUUCAUCGUGGCAAAGGCCAUCCGGGAUGGUGUGAUCGAGGCCAACAUCAACCACGAGAAGGGCUACGUCCAGUCCAAGGAGACCAUGGACAUCUACGGCACCCGCGAGCCCCAGCUCGCCUUCCACCAGCGGAUCUCCUUCUGCCUGGAUAUUCACAACAUGUCUGUCAAGGCUAUGAGAUUCCCUCCUAAGGCGUACAACAAGGACCUGGAAUCUGCCGAGGAGCGGAGAGAGCGGGAGCAGCAGGAUCUGGAGUUUGCCAAAGAGAUGGCGGAGGACGAUGACGACGGCUUCCCAUGAUCCUCCACAGAACAGAGCAACAACAUGGCCGCCGCUGGUUCGCCUCAUCCCGUCGCUUCCAUGUUUUGCCUCUCCAUAUAGUUUUUUUCACUUUCUUCUUCGUAUGUUUUUGUUUUGUUUGUUUUUUUUUUCCCCUUCAGGGGACCUAAACCAAUUCCCAUCUUCCCUUUUUAAAGUUGAAGUAGUCCCUCCCCCUCAGCGUAGACUCGUCUCUCUGCUGGUAGAUGUUCACCCUGUCCUCAUAAACUUCGCCAAACAAUGUUCAAAUCUCUAGCUGGCUGACUCACAGAGUCUUUACCCUUACGCUUUGUAGAGGCUGAAACUUGUUUUGUUUAGGGCUUGUUAUUUUGGCUGUUUGUCCCCGGCAUGGAAAGAGGUUUGAGAAGGCCAACACCAGUGAUGAAUAACAACUAUUAUUAAUCUGAUUUACCCUAAAAGACGGUUGGCCUUGCUUAACAGUUCAACUUGUUCUUUGGAAGUGAUGAGUUGUAAAAAAUGUGCUGUUGAAAGCAAUUAACAAACACGUAAGGAAUGACAGACAUGUUAGUCAGUUCCCUUUACAUUUCCAAAUGUGCUCUUAAAGGAUUCCUCUGAAUAAAGAAAAAAAAACGUGUUAACUUUCCUCAAGUAGCCAAGACACAUUUAAUGUGGAGCAGAUGUUCUGUUCCCCGCAGAUUGAUACUCUAGAAGAAAAACAUACAGGUCAGGUGUACGCUGUUUGUGAUGGAUUCUUAUGGGGGAGCAUAUACAUUGUGUAAUUAAAACUUUUUUUUUUCUAUACAGUG